GUUUACGUUCGUUUCACCCUAAAAGCGAGUUCAAAAGCGUAGGAUGACAAAGCUAAUAUGUUAUAAUUGAAGAUUUAUGAUUAAUAUCAGUAUUUAGCGAAGGAAUCUUUGAUGCAGUCCAAGUGUUGCAUCAAUACAGUGGCAAAUCUAACAAGAUGUCCAGAUUUUGGGAGUGAAGAUGAACGGCGGAUGAAUCAAAGCCUGAGUGAGAGCUUCUUCAUGGUGAAGGGUGCUGCACUCUUCCUACAGCAAGGGAGCUCUCAGCAGGGCCAAAAAGUGCAUCCUCACCACAAACAUGCAGGGGACCUACCUCAACACCUGCAGGUGAUGAUAAACAUUCUUCGUUCAGAGGACCGGAUCAAACUGGCGGUGCGGCUGGAGAGUGCGUGGUUAGAUCGUGUGCGAUACAUGGUAGUUUUAUACACCAGUGGACGGCAGGACACAGAGGAGAACAUCCUACUGGGAAUCGACUUUACUAACAAAGACUGCAAAAGCUGUUCGAUUGGCAUGGUGCUGCCUCUGUGGAGUGACACUAAAAUACAUCUGGAUGGAGAUGGGGGCUUUACUGUCAACACGGCAGGGCGCACUCAUGUCUUCAAACCUGUGUCAGUGCAGGCUAUGUGGUCCGCGCUCCAGGUGCUGCACAAGGCAUGUGAGGUGUCCCGCAGAUACAACUACUUCCCGGGGGGUAUGGCUCUCAUUUGGAUGGGAUACUAUGAAAGCUGCAUUGCUUCAGAACAGAGCUGCAUCAAUGAAUGGAACACCAUGAAGGACUUGGAGUCCACACGUCCAGACUCUCCUACAAUGUUUGUCGACAAGCCUUCAGAGAGGGAAAGGACAGAGUGCCUUAUUAAAGCCAAACUCCGCAGCAUCAUGACAUGCCAGGAUCUUGAGAAUGUCACAUGCAAACAGAUUCGCACGGAGUUGGAGCAGCACAUGAGCUGCAACCUGAAGGAGUUCAAAGAGUUCAUCGACAACGAGAUGCUAUUGAUUUUGGGCCAGAUGGACAAAGCAACACUCAUCUUUGACCACGUCUAUCUGGGCUCUGAAUGGAAUGCCUCCAAUUUGGAAGAACUGCAAGACACAGGGGUGGGCUAUAUCCUCAAUGUUACCAGGGAGAUAGACAACUUCUUUCCAGGCACAUUCAGUUAUCACAACAUACGUGUGUAUGAUGAAGAGGCCACUGACCUGCUGGCUCAUUGGAACGAUACGUACAACUUCAUAGUUAAAGCAAAAAAGAACCACUCCAAGUGUCUAGUGCACUGUAAGAUGGGUGUCAGCCGAUCUGCUUCCACAGUCAUUGCUUAUGCUAUGAAAGAGUAUAGCUGGUCACUAGAGAAGGCAUACAACUUUGUCAAGGAAAAGAGGAGCAUCACACGACCUAAUCCGAGUUUCAUGCGACAGCUGGCAGAGUACGAGGGCAUCCUUGAUGCGAGCAAACAGCGGCAUAACAAGCUAUGGCAUCCGGACGCAGACUGUGAGAUGGCAGAAGGCCAGCAGAGCUUAGCCCAAUGCUGUGGGGAUGAAGAGGCAAACCACCUCACCCCAGAGCCAGGGAUGUCUCCCUGCUGUGAAGAUGCGCUGCCUGAUAAAGGUGCAAUGUGCCCCUCCCCUUGCCGAAAAGUGGCACUGGAAAUCGACCCUGCCUACAACAAUUAUUAUUUCCGCCGGCUCUCUGACUCUGCCCUAGACAGCGAGCCCUCAACACCUGUGCGUGGGCCUCCUCUCCUGGGUAUGGACAAGGUCUUUAUCGAAAUUGAGGAUGUUGAGCGAGAUGCUCUUCUGGAUGAUGAAGCAUUUGAUGGCCAUGAAGGUCUGGGGCUUUUACCUUUUGGGUCUACAACAGAGGGCACUGCAGCCCAAACAUGCAGCCGUGGCCCAGAGCCCCUGGAGGAGCUGCGAUUGCGGCUAGAAUUUAGCACUGUAGAGGAAGAAGAUGAGGAAGAUGUGCAAAAAGAGGAGGCAGAAAUGGAGGUACUAAUGCAGCCAGAUGAUGGAGGAGGUGGGAAUGGAGGUGCAGAGGAAAGCCAAGAUGUGGAGGUAGAAGGGGAUGCAGAGGUUAACAGCAUGGACCUGGCCACCCUGAAUGAGAAUUCCAACAAUAACAACUGUUUGAGCUCACAAGAGAACUUCAAUGGAAAAGCCACUCCUGUUGAAGCCGUCGUGUCUUUAUUAAAGGAUGUUUCUCCAACUUCCACUUCAAAUCCUUGCCUUAAGCCCAGUCCUCCUCAUCUCCCAAGUGCUCCAUCUCUGCUAUCACAGAUCUCUUCUGAAGACCUUCAAUGUUCUGUUGAACUUCUGUCUCUACCUGACCGUGCCAACUUUGCUUCCCUUUGUUCUACAGUUGGCCAUAUGGCACCACAGCAGCCAGCGGACUCUCUUCAUGUUGGAGGAGUCGGUGACUGCGGUGAUAUGUUGCAUGCAAGCAUAGAGACUGAGAGAGGGAAAUCUGUAGGUUCUUCAGAGGCUCUCCCUGAGCUCAUGACAAUGGAGUCAGACAAAGACACACCUGCAAUGGCGUGCUACCAGCAAAAGGAGACCCUAAUGGAGCUGCAGAGGUCAGGUGUAGUGCGCCGCCACACAGAGAGACUAGAGAGACUUUCGGGUUUGACCCAGGAAAGCCUGCACUCCCUGAAGCCUUUGCAUGCUUGCCAAAUGCAGAAGACGUGUAACUCAGAGGAGGAAGAAGAGGUUGGCUUUACUAUGGAUUUUAUGAAAUCGUCUACGCCUUGCCAAGUACGGUUAGAGCCCCUGGUGGUUCCAUUGACCAAUGAAGCCUUGUUUGGUGUGGUGGGGUCAGGGAUACUCACCCCCACCACCUCACCUCACGGCUCCACUCUGACACGCAGCUCCAGCAGUGACAGUCUCCGAAGUGUAAGAGGAAAGCCUGGCCUCGUGCGUCAGAGAGCGCAGGAGAUUGAGACACGAAUGCGUCUGGCGGGCCUCACCGUGCCGUCUAGACUCAAACGGUCCAACUCACUAGCCAAGUUGGGCAGCCUCAAUCUCUCCUCCGAAGACCUGUGCUCCGCCUGCUCCUCAGAUGCAGGAACAUUACUGCUCCUAUCACUGUCUCCAGAGCCAGACCAAGGCCAGGAAUGGGAGCCCUCUACCUUCUCUGUUCAAAGCCGGCCCUGUAAGGACCUGCACACUCCAGAGAGAGGUCUAACAGAGGAGCACAGAAGCUGACAAACCCAGUGGAGCUUGGUGGUACUCCAGCUCACUUUCAUCUCUCACCCUGUAGAUCUGUAGAGAGGUACAGAUAGAGGAAAGAAAAAGUUGAGUUUAAGAUGGUAAGAAUAGGUAACUGUCAUAUGAAGCAUUCGCUUAUUUUGCCACAUUGUUAAUCUGCAUUUGACACUAGAUUCAUAUUGCUGUGUCUGACAAGUAAAGCCAUCAGUGGUUUGGAUAAACAAGUGCCUUAUGUUUGAGACCAGAGGCACAAAGUUUGGGGCAGAAUGACAAAAGGAUGAGAGGAGAGCCUUUAAUGCACAGCCCCAAGUACCUUGUAUGUACUGAAAUAUGGUAUGGUGUGGUAUCCCUCAGCACUUUUAUUUUUAUUUUUUAACCAGUCUGGUACAAUGUAGUAUCGUGUAGUAUCGAUAAACCUGAUCUUUUUGUGUCAGAGAGCGUAGUUGUGAAAGUGUUAAUAAUAAUUGUAGUUUACUAUACUUGAUUUUGUUUUAGAUGCCAUAGGCCUUCGUGUUGAAUUCAUGGAGAGCCAAUUAUCAGAUGAGCAUCAGGUUCGCUGAAGUUGAGACAUGGCUACAUUUGAGCUAGAGUGUGUGAAUGGAAUGGAAAGUGGAGAGUGGCUUUUCACUGUUUUCAACAAACAUCAGAAUACUUUCUGAUUAUGUUGUUCCUUUGCACUGCUUUUUUAUUGUGUAUAUUGGUACACAACAAGCUAUCUUCCAAAAUAAUGUUAUCAACCUCAUUCCUUCAGUGAUCUUGGGAGAGCGGUCAUGCUGUGUGGCUUGAAAUCAUAAACACAUCAAGGAUUUCACAUCAUUUUAUAUAUCAUUUCUAGGAGGUCAUCCUUGAGGAUUGCCAACAUUAAAGUCAUAUUUAAAUGUGAAAAACCAAAGCUAUGGCUGUCUCAUCAAACUGUACAGUGUAAGCCUCAUGUCAAUCAUGUAUGUAUUUAAAUGCUGUCACCUUGUUUUGCACAUUUGGGAGAGACGGAAAAUACUUUAGGGAGUUGUUGGGCUUAUUGCUGUUAGGCUUUUAUGCUCAUAUCCAGUUUUUUAAACUAUGAUCACAAUAGGUUACAUCAUAUUUUUUGGUAAUGUUUUUUUCAAUACUCACAUAUGCAGUAAUUUUUGUACUGUACAUUGCUGUAAUUUGAAUGCAUAUUGCACUUUUUAUGUUAACUAUUGUACUGUAUGUGUUAUGGAAAUAAACAUGUUUUUUUCAUGAUGUACUGUGACUUAUAUAAUUGUGAGCAUUGUAAGUACUAUCAGAAUUGAACACGUACUGCAGCCUUCAGGAAAGUAAGGAACAACCAAGGAAGGAGGAUUACUUUACAUGCUCUAACACAACAACACCACAGCUGUUGGCUUUAGGAUCUUUCUAAAUGGGAAAAGUGCCAUCAACCUUAUUAAAUGUCUGGC